ACGCUCGACAUAAUGGUUACUACGUAUACAUCAAUAAGGAACCUGUUGACAUCAGUACUCUUGCCAGUCUACCUGCCGUGUAUCGUGGACAAACGAAACACCCCAGUACACAAAACGUCAUCCUCUUCCCCGGGGGACAGCAUGGGAAGAAGCAGAUGUACAUUUAUCUGAACAAAUCUAAUCCUGUAGAUACCGAGGGCGAUGAAAAGAACAAUGUACUUGAUAUUUGUGAAGUAGAAAUACUAGGUUGUGUAAACAACAAAAGUGACGGUUCCCAAGUAAUAGGAUGUGCAUGCCCGAAGCAGGAUGAAUACCCAUCUGAGUUCUGCAGCAAUCCUACAUAUAAUACGUUGACAACAGAAAUUGAAGGCAAUUCGAAAAAGUACUACCUAGAGGAUGAAAUUAUCACGCUCCGAUGUAAAGAUAACCAUACGCUCGUUAGUGGUAAUCUGACAAGAAAAUGCAAAGGCAAUGAAUCGUGGAAUGGUGAGGAGAAUGUUUGCAAAAGAUUUUGUCCGAAUGCUACAGUCAAUGACAACACAACUCUGGUUAUUCAAAGAACUCCACACGUCUUUGUGAAUCAGAACGUCAUCUAUAAGUGUAAGACCAACCAUCGACUGGUGAACGGCGACCUGACACGACAAUGUUUGAAUGACAGUACAUGGACAGGUUCUCAACCUAUAUGUAAAAGAUUUUGUCCGAAUGCUACAUUCAAUGACAACACAACUCUGGUUAUUCAAAGAACCCCACACGUCUUUGUGAAUCAGAACGUCACCUAUAAAUGUAAGACCAACCAUCGACUGGUGAACGGCGACCUGACACGACAAUGUUUGAAUGACAGUACAUGGACAGGUUCUCAACCCAUAUGUAAAAGAUUUUGUCCGAAUGCUACAUUCAAUGACAACACAACUCUGGUUAUUCAAAGAACUCCACAUGUCUUUGUGAAUCAGAACGUUACCUAUAAGUGUAAGACCAACCAUCGACUGGUGAGAGGCGACCUGACACGACAAUGUCUGAAUGACAGUGCAUUGACAGGUUCUCAACCCUUUUGUAGAAAGUGCCAGUGCCCCUGCAAGAUGACAAAAUCUCAAAACUACAUCAAAGACAAUGAAAUUCUCAGCAAAGUCAUUGUAAAACGAAAGAAACUGCUGGAAGUGAAAAAAAUGGAACUUUCAUCAACAAUUCGACAGAAAACAUCAGCCGCAGAUGAAAGGAGGUCAGCACAGGGAGUCGGGAUGGCAUUAGGAGUGGGAUUGAUUACUUCUGUUUUGUCAAUAAUAAUCUGCAGUGACCUCCCUCUGUUGUGUAGACAUAUUAGGUAUGGACCUCAACCACAAAAAAGGAAAUGUAGAGCCCGAAAAUUAAGACGUUAAAGUAAUUCGUUUAUUCAGAAGGAUAUUCGUAAAGAAGAUUGGACAAUUUUUUGUUUGUUUUCUUUUUUGUAAAAAA